UAAAGUAUCCAGCAGCUAAAAAUGACUUGAAACAACUUUUACAGUUUUCCAUUGUCAUGUUAAUCCCCUUCGCAAGUUUCUUAAAAAUUAUUUUUUUAAAAUUUUAAAGAUUCCUUGUUUACUUGUACGUAGUUCAAUGAAACUUGAAGUUAAUAACAUUAGUUUUGGUUCUGUUGUUAGCACGUCCUAUAAUCAAUAAUUGCUGUUGUCGAAUAAUAUUUAUUUAAAUCGCGUAAUUAAUUUUUAUCAAGAUAUGGACAAGAAAAUGAUAAAAUAUAGUGUUUUGUGGUUACAUUUUUAUUGUGUUGUGUGUUCAGAUCUACCUACUAUUUGCCCAAAUAUUAUAUCAAAAAGUGGUUGGAAUGGCCUCCCAGCGACACAUCAAGAUUAUGUAAAGAUUCCAGUCGAAAAUAUUAUUAUUCAUCACACUGUAAGCGAAGAAUGCUAUUCCCUAGAAGAAUGUGCCACAAGUUUAAGGAAUAUUCAAAGUUUUCAUAUGGAUGAACUCGAAUUUCACGACAUGGGAUACAAUUUUUUAAUUGGGAGUGAUGGAAACGUUUAUGAAGGAGCUGGAUGGCAUAAAAUAGCAGCCCAUACAAGAGGCUACAAUAGUCGAUCUUUAGGAAUUGCCUUCGUCGGAAAUUUUUCUAGUAAAGUUCCUAGUGAAAAGAUGUUAAAUGCCCUUAGGAAAUUUUUAGAAUGUGGAGUGAAACUUGGAGAGAUAGAUCAAGAAUACAAACUGUUUGGAGGUCGGCAAGUUAGUGCUACAUCUAGUCCAGGAGCUAAAUUAUUCAAGGAAAUUAAAACUUGGCCGCAUCUCACAAAUUCACCAUAACAUGUAUAGAUAAAUUUCAAAUAAAAAUUGUCCUCCUCUCUUUUUAUCGA